UUUUCUCUUACAAGAUGGUCUCUAAUUAAAGCGGGAGACCUACCACUAACUAGUAACUACUAUACCACUUUGGCAAAACCGGAUAACUUCGAAGCGGACUCCAUUAUUGACCCGAAUCCGAUAGAUCCGAAAUCCAUUAUCAUCCGAAGUUUCGCAGACACAGACAGACCCAAACCCAACCCAUCAAUCAUACUUCUUGUUUAGAUUUAAACUACUCGCCCCAAACCUCUCUCUAACUCACCGGCGGCAAUUUCCGGUCCGGCGAGACCUUUACGUCGUUAGCUGAAGGCGAUCACACCAGAUCUUUGAAAACAUGUCCGGCCAAAGCCAGCGCUUGACUGUAGUUCCUACAGUUACAAUGCUUGGAGUUAUGAAAGCUCGCCUUGUGGGUGCGACAAGAGGUCAUGCUCUGCUCAAGAAGAAGAGUGAUGCUUUAACUGUGCAGUUUCGUCAGAUUCUUAAAAAUAUUGUCUCAACCAAAGAAUCCAUGGGAGAUGUUAUGAAAAACUCAUCCUUUGCCCUUACUGAAGCCAAGUAUGUAGCUGGUGAGAACAUCAAGCACAUUGUUCUUGAGAAUGUCCAAAAUGCCUCUAUUAAAGUUCGAUCAAAGCAAGAGAAUGUUGCUGGUGUAAAGCUCCCAAAGUUCGAAUAUUUUACUGAAGGUGAGACUAAGAAUGAUCUCACUGGAUUGGCCAGAGGUGGACAACAGGUCCAACUCUGUCGUGCUGCCUAUGUGAAAGCAAUUGAGGUUCUUGUGGAGCUUGCUUCACUUCAAACAUCAUUUUUAACCCUUGAUGAAGCAAUCAAGACCACAAAUCGUCGUGUCAAUGCUCUAGAGAAUGUUGUGAAGCCUAGGUUGGAAAAUACAAUAAGUUAUAUCAAGGGGGAGUUGGAUGAACUGGAAAGGGAGGAUUUUUUCAGGUUAAAGAAGAUACAGGGUUAUAAGAAGAGGGAGAUUGAAAGACAGAUGGCAUCUGCCAAGCAAUUUGCCGAUGAUCAGGUUGCAGAAAAGUUAUCUUUGAAGAAGGGCGUUUCCUUAAAUUCAGCUCAGAACAUGUUGUCAGCGGGUAUGGAAAAGGAUGAUGAUAUCAUUUUCUGAUUGGGAGGAUAGUUUAUAUGUUUGUUCUUAGGAUGUGUGGUGCUGGUUGUGCUUCUUGUUCUGCAGAGGAAUCCUAUUAUUAUUUAGCUCGACGGUCUUAUGUUCGGAAUAAAAGCUUCAUCUCCUUCAUGUAUGUUUCUAUUUAUUGUGAAUUAUUUGUAACAAAACUUACAUCAGUUCAAGGUUUUGGAAUAUUUGUCGACAGGAAGGUCUUUGGUUUAUUGUAAUUACUACAGUAUGGUUAUUUGAUCGCCGCACCAUUAUUCUUACCUCUGA